UUCGCGGCGGUCGAUCGUUCGGCAGGCGAUUUUUAAACCAAAAAACUCGCUAGAUAAAAAGCUUGAGCGGAUGCAGGAAAACGGAAGUCGAAAAUCACGGUCUUUAGAUUGAAACAAACCGCCUCGCAAAAUCGUUGAGCUUCGGGUGGAAAAAUAAGGUAACUGCUCCUCCGUCGCUUCGCGCACAAUCAAUACCGCCCCCGGAACAUUCCUGACGACGCCACUCUCCGACUUCUUCUCCGGCCGAUAAGCCAUUGUGUUGCGAAAUGUGAGUUUUUCGCGUCGCAGUGAGCAUUUCUCGUUUGCUAUGAAGGAGAGACUCGAAACGUCCGAUCCGACCUCUAGAUUAGAUAAUGCACAAACUCGCAAAAGGCCUCAAGAAGAAGAAGAAAGACAAAAAGUCGAAACGGGCCAAAGACGAGGAGCUUUUCAAACCGGAAGAGCUUGAGGAGUAUCGGCGCCAACAUUGCGGCACCAGCGAACCGCCUGCCGAAAACGAGGAGUGGAAAAAGUUUAUAUCGCUCACUUCCGGAGUAGAUCACGUCUUGAAGAAGACCCAGGACGACCUCGAUCGGAUAAAGAGCACUUCGUUUUUUCAACGAUCGCCAGCGCCGAGCAAACCCGAAGAAAAGCCGAUUGCUCACGAACAACGUGCCGAGAGACUAGCGCAAGAAAAAGAAGAACCCGAGCCGGAAUUGGGUAUCGUGCCGGUGUCUGAAUCUGAAUCCGAAGAAGAAGAAGAGGACGAUGUGUUCGACACUGCCUACAUUGACGUGAUCGCUUCAGGCGAAGUGCAACUCGCUUAUAUCCCGGAAUCGCCUACAGAAAAAGAGGGCGACGACCCUUUCGAUACUAGUAUCGCCGAAAGGGCGAUAUUGGGACCGGCGGUCGAUAAAAAAGGCAAGAAACUCGUACCGCUCGGCGCAGCAGUCGAAGUGCUUACAGGUCGGGUUCAGUUGCCCACUUGCGCCACUAAAGUCGCAGCCGGUAAAAGGCGACAACCCCUCAAGGAGCCGAAUUUGUUGCUUGGUAGUUUUGACAGCGGCCCUGAUUACUCACACGCGGCAAAACUUGUCGAGUCAUCGGAAAAGGUAAAGACUCUUCUGGACGACGACGACGUGCCAAAAAUCGACACACCCAUUGACCUGACCACAUCGUUGUACGUAGCUCCGAUCCCUGCUUCUGACUUACCUCAACAGGCCAAACUUCAUUACGAAGGCGACGACGACGACGACAAAGAGUUUGAAGUGUUAGCCGCACAAAGUCUAUCCAAAACUUCCAAAGUUGUCGUCGCGAGUAUACCGACUGUUUCUGACGUUGACGUACCACCGGCCAGUGCCGAUUGGCAACCAUUCGCAGACACCCUAGCGGACAAAGAAAUCCCGGUCCAGGACGAUAAUGAGCCGGAUCCUUUUGAUACAACAUUCGCAGAGAACAUCCUGCCGGGAAAGGCUGAACUAAAGGUUAUCGAGAAAGAGAUUUUGGAUAACGAUAUCGACUUCGACCCCCGUGCAUCGCCGGUCUUUAGUGAUACCGUCAACCUGCGAAAGGAACCUGUUUCAUCAGAGUUUUCAUCGGAUACGUUGAAGGUAGAGGACCGCGAUUUGCUGGGCGGCAGCGUAACCGACUUGUCCGCCCUUUCCGUCACCGUUCUUCAGCCUGCCGAAGAUCCGGAAGAAAUAAUCUAUCGGGAUCCGUUCGACACUUCAAUAGUCGAUUCGGUUAAGCAACCGGGGAAAGCGGAACUCAGGUAUUUGGAAAAGGAGCUGCUGGGUGAUCUCGACGAUGAGUUCGAUCCCAGAGCCGGUGAACAAAUCAACACGAAGGAGAGAACACUGUCGCGUCCUGAUAUACUGAACGUAUCGUCGGGAAAAAGCGUGUCUUUCGCGGUAUCGUCGACCCGGUCCGAUUGCCCGGAACUCGACGAAAGCUCGAAGAUAGCGAAACCGUUGACUCCUUUUUAUGUGAGAAAGAAUUCGGUGCCAGGGUUAAGAGAAGAUUUGUCGGAGCAGGAUUUCGACGAGUCGUACGACACUUCGUUGGCGAAAUCGACGCCGUUGGAUCUCCUCGAGUCGGAAGAUAUUCCGGUGAAGGUCCUGACGCCCGCCGCUGGCGCGAGCGGUGCUACAUCACUCCCGAAACUUGGACACGACCCGUUCGACACGUCCACCGCCAACAUACUACCCGGAAAAGCGGAACUUCGUGUCUUAGAGGAUGAACUGAUUAACCGCCAUCACAUCAGUACAUCUGACGACGACCUGCUCGUUCACAACGGUGACUCGAUUAUCGCCAAGCCCCUAUCGCCCCAAAUCGAAGACGAAAUCGACCCUUUCGACACCAGUUUCGCAUCCAAUAUUUAUCCAGGCAAGGCCGAACUGAAAGCGAUCGAAUCCGAGUUGAUUUACGCAAUGGCGGCAAAUCCGUUUCUCUUCGCGGAGGACUGCUUGAGCGGUCCCGCCACUCAACCCCAGGCUACGCUCAACCCGUUCCUGAUGGACGAAGAGGUUUCGUUUGUCGACGAGAACCCGUUCCUCCCGCAACCCGCUACGGCUGCUACGAACCCCUUCGCUUUCGACCCGAUGGAAUUGGAACCCGCUGAAGCGGAGGUACCUGGUGACCAUCCCGCCUUCAUGGAGACAAGUUCCGCUAACGAUUUCUUCGUGACGAAACCGACGGAGUUACAUUUGGAAUACUCGCAUCACGAGCUACCGGCGAGACCUCCCCCGCCACGUCCACCCCAGUCCAAGGAGACCCAAGACCUGCUAAUGUCGGUCAUGGGGGAGAUGGAUGCGACUAGCUCGCAGCUGCUUAACAAGAUUCCUCCAACGAGGUCCCCGAGUCCCGUGUCAAUGAGGGACUUGCAAUCUCCUAGUCCCACCCCCGACACACAGUUCGGAGAUUUGCUGGUCGUGGGUGAUGUCAACCCAAAGCUCAGCAGUACUGAAGAUUUAUUAAACUUGAGCUCGUCGUGCGAUAUUAAUCAAAAUCCAUCGGUGAAUCAAGCUCCACCGAGACCAGUACCGCCUCCGGCCAGACCUGCGCCGCCGGUGAGGCCGCCGCGGCCCGCCCCUCCGCAAAAACCGCCUCCGCCUUUGACGGCGCCUAAAAUCGCGGCGGUGCCGCAGGAAAACACCGGACAUGAACUGCCGACGCAAAACGACAUCGCCGAUUUGUUCGGCGCGCCUCCGCAACCCAAAAUCGCUUCCAAGGCCGACAUACUUAAUCUCUAUAAUGUGCCUAAGCAGGAGAAGGUUCAGGAUUUGUUGUGCGACGCGGUAAUAGAAGUUCAGAAUACGCCGAUAGUGCUGGAGGCCGCUGGAUCGGCCUCUGUGCCGGAAUCUUUACCGACGGAAAACCCGAUUCCGGAGCAGCCUUCCGAGUCACCCGUCAACUCCAACUUCGUUACGGACAUUGCGCCAAGCGUUAUGCGGGCUACCCUAUCCCCCGAACCUCCAAACGAGUUGAACAUGGACACCGGCAGCAGUCAGAGCAAGGAGUCAGUGUCGAGUGUCACUUUUAACCCUUUCGCCGUCGAGGCCGAUCCGAAGGACACGUUCCGGGAGAGUCUAGAGACCGCCUUCCAGAAGGAACACAAAAUGGAGGUGUCGAUAUCUCCGACGGCGGCCCCUGCCCCUACACCGGUACCAACUGCGGCACAGAACGAAUUCGAUUUCGGCGUCGGAGACGCAAAACGCGACGAUGAUGUCGACGAUUUCGACGCGUUCGCGCAGAAGUUUGAGUCCGUGAAAUCGGACGACAGCGAUAAGAAGGCCGGAGCGUUUGACGCGUUCGCGUCCUCGAAUAACAACGUGUGGGGCGGCAACGAUCUCGGCGGUUUUACCGAGGGGGCCGGCGGGUUCGAUAACGACGAACCGUUCGAUGCAUUUUUAGCUAUGGAGGCGCCGACGGCGCCGGCGAAACGUCACGAGUCGCAGGAUUCCGACGAAGAGAAAGACUUCUCGGUGGUGAUAAGGCCGAAGGCAGAACAAGAAUUUGCAGGUGCUAUGCCCGUAAUCGCCCCGCCCCCCGUUUCGGUCCAGGCAGCUUUCACCGACACCUCCCCCCGUUUCAACCCUUUCGACCAGCAGAACGACGUGAAAUUCAGUUUCGCACCGCAGGAAGCGGUCGUCGUUGACGCCCAGAUGAAGAGGUCGGAGUCGCAAGAGUCGCCUUCGACCCCGCUGUUCGACGAGGACGUGUCACAACCGUUGGAGGACUUCCCCAGGAUUAACUAUGCCGGUGAAGGGUGGGAGAUGCAACUCCGUCAACCGAACAAGAAGAAAAUCACGGGGCAAAGGUUCUGGAAGAAGAUAUUCGUCAAGUUGGUGUACCAGCAGGACUGCGUGCUGCUGCAGCUGUUCAAUCAGCAGGCGGACAAAGACCCGUUCCAGGAGUUGCCGCUUCAGCCGUGUUAUUCGGUGUCGGAAAUCGGCGCCCAACAGUACGAUCAGUUCGGUAAAAUAUUCACCGUCAAGCUGCAGUAUAUCUUCUACAAGGAGAGACCCGGAGUGAGACCGGGUCAGGUGAAGAAGGCGGAAAGGAUCACGAAUAAACUAAGCCAGUUCGCCGCCUACGCGAUCCAGGGUGAUUAUCAGGGAGUGAAGGAGUUCGGCAGCGACUUGAAAAAGCUCGGUUUGCCGGUCGAGCACGCGCCCCAAGUGUCUCAGCUCAUGAAGCUUGGUUCGCUAAGCUACGAGGACCUGAAGCAGUUUUCGUUUAGCGUGGAGGAAGCGUUGUUUCAUCUGCAAGCGCACAGGGAUCGCGCGCUCCAUUAUAAGAUGGAGGAGGUGCAGGUAACGGCGGUCGACGAGCUGUACGUCGAGCAAUCCGCCGAAGGUCACGUGGACAAACAGAUUGCGAGGGUGAGACUGUUUUUCCUCGGCUUCCUUACCGGUAUGCCAGAUAUCGAGCUUGGUAUAAACGAUAUGAGGAGGCAAGGUAAGGAGGUGGUGGGACGUCACGAUAUCAUCCCCGUGGUCACUGAGGAGUGGAUCCGGCUAGAGAACGUCGAGUUUCACUCGUGUGUGCAGCAGGACGACUACGAGAAAACGCAUAUUAUCAAGUUUAAGCCUCCGGACGCCUGCUACAUAGAGCUGUUGAGAUUCCGUGUGCGACCGCCCAAAAACCGCGAACUUCCAUUGCAACUGAAAGCCCAGAUCUGCGUUACGGGCACUAGGAUUGAGCUUAGAGCGGACGUGUUAGUACCCGGCUUCGCUUCACGAAAACUGGGUCAAAUACCCUGCGAGGACGUGAUGAUUCGGUUCCCUAUACCCGAAUGCUGGAUCUACAUGUUCAGGGUUGAGAAACAUUUCAGAUAUGGCUCGGUCAAAUCGGCUCACAGAAGGACGGGCAAGAUUAAGGGAAUCGAACGGAUCCUCGGGACGAUGGAGACGUUGCAGGAGAACCUGAUAGAAGUGACGUCUGGUCAGGCCAAAUACGAGCAUCAGCACCGGGCGAUCGUGUGGAGGUGUCCAAGGUUACCCAAGGAGGGCCAAGGGGCUUACACGACACACAACAUGGUGUGCCGGAUAGCGUUGACGAGUUACGAUCAAAUGCCGGAGAAACUGGCGGAGUACUGCUACGUGGAGUUCACGAUGCCAGCGACGCAAGUCAGCCACACCACGUGUAGGAGCGUCAGCCUGCAGAAUUCGGACAGUGACGAGCCGCCGGAGAAGUACGUCCGGUAUUUGGCGCGUCACGAAUACAGGGUCGGCAUCGAGCACACAGAGGGCGAGGCGCCAAACGCGUACGCCACUGCGACGUUCGUUAAACCCGCCGCCGCGCCGGUGGUCGAAGAAAAACCCGCGCCCGUAGCGGAAGAGUCCAGUUCCGACAGCGAUUAAAAAUGGAAGCGCCACUACACGCAAUACCGGUCGCAAAGACAAUAAGACGAAGAAGAGGAAGAUGUAAUGAUAGUUUAAGGCGGUAAUAAAUGUUCGUCAUAUCAUAUGUGUCGUAGGCUGAUAUCAAUCGCUUCGUAGUUCAACAUUAAAUGUCGUGUACGUACCCUGAAUAUUAAUUAGUGGGAGCAAACCACUGACGCUCGUGUAUAAAGCGCCGGCGUUUUCGUUAAAUGUGAUCUUGGAGCUUGAAACAGACGCUUCUUAACCGUUUUCAUUUUUGGUUCUGUCAUUGUGUGACGGAGGGGCGUGGUGGUGCCCCCUUUAGAAAAUAGUAUAUAUUGCAUUGUUACAUUUUUAAACGUAAACUAAUUUACGGGUAUCUACAGGGUGUUUUCAAAACGGUUCACUAAUUUCUAGGGUAAACGAAUUUAAAAAAAAUGGAUUAGUUAAUACACACUUGAUCCCAAAGCGCCUCCAAAAAAUCGUUUGUUUAUUGUUUCUGAAACAGUUUAAGAUAACUAAACGCAAUUUAAAGUACGAAUGCUGAUAAAUUGUAAGUUCAAAAUAAUUUAAAAUAUCCGUUACGUCCUAACAGUGUUUCUGAAACAAAUGUUAUUCCCAGAAGUAUUUGCUUCUGGCGCAUGAAAUUUACUUAAAAUAAUUCAUUAAUCCGGUCAGCAUUACUUGCUUAAAUCUCAAAUAACUGAAAAAUCAGUACAUUUUUGCUUUACACAAAAGAAAAGGUACUCUUGCGUACAGCAACGGAAAACUGAGUGAAAAUAUUAUUUUUCCCAAAAAAUUAAAAAUGUGGAGGUAAAAUAAUUGGCACCCUACGCUUCUGUACAAAUAUUAAAAUUUUAUGAGCAGUAAGUUAUAUGACCUAUUCCAAUUUAUUUGCGCAUUAAACCUUUUCGGAAAUAAUUAAAAAAACAAAAACGAUUUUUUGGGGCCCCUUCUCAAGGAGGCGUUUCCGGGCAGAUGUUUAUUAACCAAACUAAAGUUGUUUCUAUUUACCCUACGAAUUAAAUGAACCUUUAUUGAAACAUCCUGUAUACGAGGAAACUGUCAAGAAAUAAGCGGCUUCGGUAAUAGGACGAAAUACCGAUGUUAAAAUGUAUGUUUUUAGCAUAUAAAUCGAGAAAUACUGAUCGAAAACGAUUAAGAUCCAGGAGUAACAUAUAGCAGAACCAAAUGGACAAAAAAAAUGUAGGAAAGGUCAUAAUAGAUUAUUUAAUAAAAGUUUAGUCAUAAAACCUCAUUAAGUCAUUUACUGUUCUUUAUUGUUCUUUUUAAAUUUCUGAAAUAUGCUAUAGCCCAAAAUGUCAUCGUAAACGUUAAUAUGCAUUGCUUUCAUUUUCGUUGUGAUCGUCUCUUAAUAUUCGUCAAUAUCAUCGACGACGUUAUUGCUAGCGUCGCCGGUGUUAUAGUUUUGUCAUCAGCGUUAUCGCCGUCGGUAUUCUAAUUAUCAUCAUUAUAUUAUAUUUUUUUACCGUCGAUGUCGUCAGCGUUGGUUAGUGACGUGGUGAUCAUUAUGGUCGCCGUAACCUUAGUCAUUAUCGUUACCGAUAGUAUAGUCGGCGUUAUCGUUAGCAUCGUCGGUGUUAUCAUUAAUAUGACGCCUUUAUCGUAGGCGUUAUCCUUAUCGUCAUCCGCGUUAUCGUCGUUGGUCUUCUCGUAACUGCUGUUAUAAUUAUAUAAUUCCUAGCGUUAUCGUUGGCGCUAUAGGUGCUAUCUUUAUCGUCAUCGUUGGUGUUCACGUCUUCGCCCUUAUAAUUUUUUGUGGCCGUUGCCGUAUCAGCACGGUCGUUACCAACUUGAUGAUAGUUAUCGUCACCGUAAUCCUUGUCAUUAUUGUCGUGUUCGUUAUCGUAAGCAUCAUAUGCGUUAUGAUUAGCGUCAUAGUGAUUAGUUUUUUCUGCCAUUGCCGUCGAUGUGUCGUUAUCGUCAUUACGUCACCAAAAAAUAUACAUCCGUAUUUUAAAAUUAAUGUUUAGAAAAAAAUUUACUAUAUCACACGAUAUCUCGGCUCACGAAGCCGUACCGAGACACUUUUACACAAUGUACAGAGACGAAAAAUAUCACGGGAUGAAAAGAAAAUUUAAAACAACCUGGACUAUUUCCAUUAUACCAGCCUAUUGUCGGCCCACGUAAUACGCUUAACUCAUAGCAAGGGGUGGCUUUUAUUGCCCUAUACGGGCGUUUCCUGGAAACGCGAGGACAUAAGAGGAUUUUGUUACGAAGAUGAUCGAAAAAUUUGUUCCGUGUAUUUCAGGAACAAGUAUCUCGCGUAAGCCGCUUGGCCUAGAUUUUGAAGGCAGUUUUCUCGCAGAACGACGAUUUAAAGGGCAGGACAGUGAAGUACAAGGCUAUUUAUAUUUGGUAUAGUUAAAUGCAGCACAAGUAUGUCCUUGCCUUGAAACCCGUCGCGGCUCGUACUAUCAGUGUCUAACAAAUCGUUAGUGAUUCAAAUGUAUACACGCGUUUAAGCUUUGGAAAAGUUUGUACGUUGACUAGUUUUAGAAGUUUUUCAAAUCGUAUGAUUUAUUUGAGUUGAAUUUGUCGAAAGGAAACGGUGUUUCCGCCGAGUCACAUCUAGUCAUUAACACAUAAGGUUAGAUAAGUAAAUUAUAUUAUAGUAAUAUUAAUAACCGUAGUGUAUAAAUCAGUAAUCAAAUGAUAAUUUUGUAAACUUGUGCGACCAAUUUAGGUGACCUAUCAAUUUCUCCCCGUGUUUCUUUUAGGUGUUCCCUGUUCAAACUCGCUUGGACGCUCAUAAAUAUGUAACUGUCUAUAUACAUAUAGUAUAUCAUUCCAAAAAAGUGAUACUUAGCCUGUAUUGAGAUUAAGUUGUAUUAAUUAAAUGAGAAUU